ACAACUUCGUUAGUGGAAGAAGUAGGCAUUUCUGGCAAAACAAAGAAGACAACAAGCGUAUUUUGGCGGAAUGUACCUGAAGAAGAACAAUUUAGAAAUUUGCAUAUGCCAGGAGUGAUACUGAAUCGUUCAAAAACUGCGUCAAAAAAUUCUGAAACCACUAAGCGCGUAAAAGUAGUGCAAAAGUCGAAGUCGGAUUCCGCGAUUUCGAAUACGCGGUCUAACGAAGUGUUCAUUGCAAACAAACAAGCCAUUAUUCACCCCAAAGAAAGCAAUCAAACAACUAACGUAACAGGCUAUCAUAUCGGCAACACUUCGCAAAUUUCUGGAAACAGCUUUGCUAGCAGACGCGCGUCUUUGAAGAACCUUAAUGUCGAGGACAAGAAAAGAGUUGCUAACCUGAUAAAGGAGUUAGCCAAGACAGGCGAAGAGAGAGAACUGGCACUAGAACGCCUUCAAGAGGAACGGGUGUCGUUCGAGGAGCAGUUAAAUGCCGUGCAAGCUGAACAGAACAAACUGAAAGAAGAAAGGGAGGCUCUCAAAAACAGACUGGAACAUAGUGAAAAGCUUUCGAAGAAGUACCAGAAGGAGUUGAGAGAUUUUAAAAGCAGAAAGGAGAAAGAGGAUGCAGAGAAACCCAGAACGAUUAAGGCGCUACCUCGGACAACGCAAACAUCACCAUCACUUCAUACCUUCAAUAAGGAGUCUUUCAAUUCGCUAGAAAUGGGUGAUCACCAACCGUCUGAGCAAAACAAGCUUCAUGGUAACGAGGCAAAUAGCAACAAAACUGACCAAAACAUUACAGUUACGGCAACAAGAGGUCGACGACAGUGGGGUUUACCUCCUGUACCAAUAUAUUCCAACUCGUUGUUCGACAUGAAAGUCAGCAAUGUUGAGCAGAAACACGGAGAGGACGAGCAGCGCUUCAGUUCCGUCGAUUCGAGUGGUAGCUUUCACGAGUUGUACUUGAAGGAAUGUGCCUUACAGUUGAGGCUGCAAGAACAACAGAUAGAGAUACAAAGACAACAAAUGCAACUCCAGCAGCAGUUGCAAGUCCUACAGCAGCAACAGCAAGUGGUUGCGCAAGAGGAACGUCGAUCCACAAAGGUUGACGGAGCGACGAUACGAGAAAAGCAGAGUGAGCUAUGCGAGGUGCAACCGAAUGAAAUGGCCAAACGCAAACUACAAGCGCACACUUUGCACGAAGAUGCUAUUCUCCAUCGAGAAAAACACAUGGCACAAGCCCACGAGAGUCCUACGAUUCACGACGGUGCAUUCUUUCAUCAGCAACAAGAGCAACGCGAUGUGAUGCAACAACAGCUCAAAAGAUCCCAAGAUGAAGUCAAGCGAUCAUCCCAAUGGAAACGGCAAAACCAGUCGAGCACAGGACAGUCCUCGCCACCAGUCAGCAAGCACGUCGACGAAGGACAUCAACAAAGGAGCAAACAACAGUCGUCUGUACGAGAGUACUCUCUUCAUAAACCACAAUCACCACUCGAAAGGAAUGAAAGCAUUUUCCAACCGUCAUCACCAACCCAACAAACCAACGUUUCUCCGCACGAAAGAUCUUAUCGAGGGAAUCAAAAUGGUCUAGCAAUUCAUGCAUCACCAAAAUACGUUUAUCAUUCAUCUGUUGAUCAAGAUAGAAACACUGUUUCGUCCCCAAAACACGGCAAACUUGCUUUUUUUAUUGAUAACAGCGUGAAGAAUAGAAGCGUUCACGCAUACGGAUAUACAACACAUAACGAAAGUCAUCGCGAAGAAGAUGGUAAAUUGGUUGAGCAUCGUUACAAAAAAUUCAGUGGAAGUCGCACAGGAGGCUCGAAUGAUCCAUAUUUCGCGAAAUCUGAUGUGCGCAAGAGGGCUUUCGACAGUAAACAACGUGUCCGUGGUGUGAGGCAUGUCGACUUCAACAACAACAACUUAUACUCCGACAGCGAUGUCUAUGAUGAUGAAGUAGGUCCAGAUGAAUACAAUAAUUUGCUUAGAGGUAUCAUGCAUUCCGAGAAUUCUCCUGCGGACAAAGGUGUGUACAGCGACAUUAACGCUGAAAUGAACGUUGCGUAUGGAUUCGAACCCCGUCUUGGCAACGAGGACGAGGAACGAGUGACGUCAAAAUCUCGACGACCAGUUUUGAAUCGCGAAGACGUGCGAAGAAAUGGUCCUAUUCAGGGACACGGUGAUACUUUAGAACAUCGGGAGUCUAUUUCUCGAGGAUUUGGGUAUUCACCAGGUGGCCGACCAGUACAGAGAGAGUUGCAUGGAAAUGCAAGGGACAUUCAAUUACACCAGCAAGAACAGAAAAAUCAUGGUUUUCUCGUGGAAUACCGAUCGUUUCGAAAAUCACCUCCUCAAGCACCAAACUUGGAAGAACAUCAAGCCAGAAGGAUGCCAAUCGAGAGAUCGUUUCGAUCAUCUGAAAAAACUUACAAUGACCAUGGAAGAAUUUCGGACUACUCCGCUCACGCGUUGCCUCAUGAAGAAGCUCGUUACCGUAUGGGCUCCCCUCGUGAUCCUCACCCACGUGGGUUAGCGCAUGAUCACGAAAAUAGCCUACCACGGGACUCAGACAAUGUGCUCGUAAAGGGAUCUUUCGGGACGUUGAAACAAAUGAACGUUCUAAAGUAAUUGGCACAAAGCAUCAAUUUCCAAAAAAUUACCUUUAUC